AGUCCGAAAGCGGGAGUAGAGGUGAAAGCUACACUCUCUUCCGAGAGAGAGAGAGACAGGGGAACGUGUUCCAUAGAGAAGGAGAUGAAGCAUUAAUGGAGGGUUGAAACUGAUCAAUUGCAGAGAGAGGGAGCAACUGUAAUAGAAGAAUAUUGGAGAAAAUGAUGACAGGUUUAGUCCAUGAUCAAAAUCUGGAAAAGCAGAUAGAGAAGCAGAUGGGAUGCAUGGCUGGAUUCCUCCAGCUGUUCGAUCGUCACCAGAUUCUCUCCGGAAAACGCCUCUAUUCUACCAAACGCCUCGCUCCAUCUCUGACUGUUGAUUCUGCGUCCCCGUCAGAGAAAUCAGUCGGAUCUCCGACGUCGUUUAUAGAAGUACAGCAGCAGCCGCACCAACAAGAAUUACCGCAAUUGCGAGCCUCGCCGGAAUGUACCGAGACUCCGCCCGAGAUAUGCCCGCCGGUGACGGAACUGUCAAUUCCGGCGGAAAGUCCGGCGAGAAUGCCUCUUCCUUUUCAGGUUUUCGAAUACAAGGAAGGCUCGAGGUCUUCUUGGAAGUUUAAAGACGCACCAAGGCUGUCUCUGGAUAGCAGAGCAAGCUUUGAUGGAAAAGGAAGUCUCUGUCCCAGAGAGAUCCGAAAGAACGCGGCAAUUCUCUCGGCAGCACGGUGCGAUAGCUCUUCGGAAGCGACUGUAUCGGAGGAUAACGAGAAGCAGCAUCGUUCGCCUAGCGUCAUUGCCCGGCUCAUGGGGCUCGAAGCUCUCCCUGAGUCAUCUGGCGAAGCUCCGAACAAAGCCGAGUUACGGAGGUCUGCAUCGGAGUCUAGGGUCUCCAAAGACCUGCUUCAGUAUCGAUUCAUUGACAGGAACAAUUUCCAGCAGAAGCAGACUUUCCAGCCAAAUUCUGGAAGCCACGUUUCAAACAACGCCAAAAGAGACAAUGCAGCUUCAGAAGGUAAUAAAUCGAAGGUCCGGACACCGGAUUCCAUUGACUUCUGCAUCAGGAAACGGAAAAUCGAGCCACAGAAACCUCAGAAAGGAGGUUUACCUGCUUCGUCAUGGAAGUCGCAGCAGCAACGUAAGAGCUUUUUUGAUUCGCAGGAUUUCUUUCCGGAGCCAAAGCAGAGGGACUCACUUUAUGGAGAGAUCGAGAAGCGGUUGAAGAUGAGGGGAAUCGAUGAACCGGAAAAGGAUCUGGAGACGUUGAGACAGAUCCUCGUAGCUCUGCAACUCAAAGGGCUUCUGCACUCUAAAAGACCAAUGGAACAGAUCAAGCACCGGAAUUUCACCUACGGUCAGAGAUUUUACAGUGAAGAAUCCCCGAUAGUUGUCAUGGAGCCUUCCCGCUCCCCGGUUUCAAUCAACCGAGCUGGAAGAACGGGAACAGAGUCUCCUCCAUCAAGUUUCAGAUCCAGAGCUGGAGUUCGCCGGAAUCUAAACCUAGCCGGUGAGACCUUACCGCCGGUAAUCCCAAGGCGUGAACGGCCUGAAAUCGAUAGAAACCUGCAGAGAGCAAGAAAUUCAAGGUCCCCUGACCGUAACGAUAGCAGCGCGAAAAGUCCGAGUUCUCUUGCCAGGCGAAGACCGUUGAGCAUUCACACUCAGAAGAGAGGAGAUGAUUCUGUGGAGCUGAGAAGAAGCUCUCCCGUUCAUUCUCCAAAGAUUAUUGCUAAGGUCGCAUCUGACCACCAAACAGGCAGAUCACCAAGGAACAGGAAACCAGUGCCUGAUGUUUCAACGAAAGAGAGAAUUUUGAGGCAAGCUGGGGAUGAAUCAUCCACAAUUUCUGAGUGCAGCAUCAGUACAUCUUCUCAAGUCGACAUGGAGCAGUUGCAGAGACCAAAAAUGGAGGAACAGAAGGAAGGGAGGACCUUGUUGGAGAGGUGCGAUAAGCUGCUCCACAGCAUAACUGAGAUGAUUGCGGAUGAGUUGCAGCCGAGUCCCGUUUCGGUGCUAGACUCGUCUUUCUACAAGGACGAGUCCCCUUCACCUAUCAUGAAACGAUGUUUACACUUAAAAGAUCAAUCGGUAGAGCUGGAAGAAGAGAAGUGGAGCCCAUUGAUCUCGCCUAUCCGAUUGAAACCGGAAGAAGAGGGAUCAGAUGAAGACAGUGAUUUCCUGUAUGUGUCGGAGAUCCUACGAGCUUCCGAAUGUCUCCCGGAAGACACCGACAUAUUCUUGGUACUAGAGAAGCAACGCUACAAGUCGACGAGCUCCUCCAGAGAAUCCAUGCUACACCGGAAGCUAGUGUUCGACACGAUUACUGAAAUCCUCGACAGAAAGAAGCAGUUGCCACCGUGGAAGGCAGUGUCAGAGGUAAAUUGGUCGACGGGGAAGCCAUCAUUGUGGCAGAUAUGGUCGGAGUUCAAGAGAGGAAGAGAGAGGGAUGAAGGAGAAGACCUGUUCGAGGUAAUCUGUGGGGUGCUCCGGAAAGAUAUGGCCGGAGACAACAUCAACGGCUGGGAAGAUUGUCACAUGGAGAUGUCCGAAGCAGUGUUGGACAUCGAACGGUCCAUAUUCAAGGUUCUGGUUGAGGAAACGAUCCGAGAUGUCGCUUCCUUUCCCGGGAAAAACAGAGCACCGGCACCUCGAAGGAAGUUGGUUUUUUGAAAAGAUUAGAAAAAAGGGUGGGUGGUCUUUUCGCGCGCUUUCUUUUUUGCUCUUUCCUUUUUCUCUCUCUUUAAUUAUUAAAAGCUAAUAGCUAUAUUAUUACCCGGUGCAUCAGGUUUAAACGCAA